UGCGCCUACAGUAUUGUUUUUUUGCUUCUAAUAUUACAGGAAAAAGAAAUAGCAGUGAGAGGCUAGGUGGUGCAAUGGGCAGAGUAUAAUUCUGUUCGGUAACAUGUUUCUUGUGUAUCCUUGGGCAUCAUCACUUCUCCUUGCUAACCCUCAAUUUCCCCAUCUGUAAAGGCCAAUGGACCUCUUCAGGGUUCCCUUCAACUUCAAAUUUUACGAACUCAUGUGGAAUUAAUGGGAACUUUAAAAAUGGGAGAAGCGAGAUGUGUAGAAAUCCAUACACCAAGCAACCUUAAGUCUACUUCUACUUAACAGUAUUUAGAACAUAUUUUAUUUAAGGGCUUCCAUUUGUUUGCACACUUUAUUCCUCAGUUUAUGAGGAGUUCUUUAUUUGGUGUUUUUGUUUUUGUACCAUCAAAAUUGCUCUAUACUUGACAGGGACACUAUUUCGUGGGCUUUCCCUAGCAUUAGGAAUCUGUAUCCUAGUGGACCUCCACCAGCAGAAGAUGACACCAAAGCACAGAAAUAUACUGAAGAGGGUCUCAGGAAGAAAGACCAAGUUGUCUUUAGCCAAGUCAUUUGUCUCAGUUGGCAGAGAAUUUCAGAGCUGGACUGUAUUACCUUAGAUGCCAUAUCGUCCAACCCGUUCGUUUUGCACUUGAGGAAAAUAAGGACAGGGACUUGUCUAAAGUCACCCAAAUUUUCUUUCAUGUUUCGUGGUAGGAGCCAUUGCAUACAUACUAGACAGUGGGCCAGGAAGCCCGCCAGCCCGCCGGGCCAGGGCCAGGAAGACCUGAUUCAGUGCAAGGGGAACCGAGCCAUCCCGCAGAGAACUCUGCAUCCCUCCCUUAGGAGAGUCCGGUCCCCUCCUCCCUGGCUCCGUUGGGCACCACGCGGCCUCCUUUAGCCCAAUCAGGACCCGCUUUUCGCAUUGUGACGGCCUUCGAGCCCCGCCCCCCGGGCUGUGAUAAAAGGCGAAGGCCGAAGACAACGCCAAUCAGCGAGGGGCCCGCAGCGGGGACUGCCUCACCUUCCAGAUACAGGAUGAAGAACCCAAUGCUGGAGGUGGUGUCCCUGCUCCUGGAAAAGCUGCUUCUGCUCUCCAAUCUCAGACUGUUUAGCUGGAGCGCGGCCCCCGGGGAAGAGCAGCAGCAGCAGCCGCAGCCGCAGCAAGGCAAGGGGAACUUCUACGACAUUGGCUCCUUCCUCCGCGGCGACGUGCUGGAAGUGCCCCGGACUCAUCUGACCCACUACGGCAUCUACCUAGGGGACAACCAGGUCGCCCACCUGAUGCCCGACAUCCUGCUAGCGUUGACCGAUGACAAGUUACUGACCCAGCCGGUGGUGUCCAAUAAGAGGCUGAUCCUGGGAGUCAUCGUCAAGGUCGCCAGCAUCCGGGUGGACACAGUGGAGGACUUCGCCUACGGCGCCAAUAUCCUGGUCAACCACCUGGACGAGUCGCUCCAAAAGAAGGCCCUGGGCAACGAGGAGGUGGCACGCCGGGCAGAGAAGCUGCUGGGCAUGACUUCCUAUAGCCUCCUGUGGAACAACUGCGAGCACUUUGUGACCUACUGUAGAUAUGGUGCCCCAAUCAGCCCCCAGGCCGACAAGUUUUGUGAGAAUGUGAAGAUAAUAAUCCGGGACCAGAGAAGUGUCCUUGCUUCAGCCAUCCUGGGACUGGCAUCAAUAGUCUGUCUAGGCUUGGCACCCCAUACUACCCUUCCUGCCAUUUUUAUUCCAUUCUGCUUAUGGAUGGCUGGCUAAACAUAUACCAACCCUGUGUCAGAGUGUGUAUUCUAAAUCUAUGAUAUAUUUAUAGAGCACAAAUCAGUAUAAGCAUUGUGUAAAGAAAAAAAUGUGACCUGUAACAUUGUGUUCUGGAUAAAGCUGUGAUUAAGAAUCACACAAAGUGCUUACUGUGUCAAGCCAAAGAGCCAGGCUGGCUUUCUGAAUCUCUUUCAGGCAGCUAAGUUUUGUAAAGCACCUUCCAAACCUUGGAAACAGCGUCUUGUGACCGAGGAGUACUGUACUUGCUUACCGUGAUGGACACAACACAGAAGAGGAUUGUGGGGGUAUUUUGGUGAUUUCUUGCUCUCGUAAUUAGUGCUCUUUUAUGCCAGGUCUACACUUGAGGGUUAAGAAGGUUCUGAUGUCUAGUACGAACUGUUACUCUCAUUACUGUUGUAAGUUCAUGCAGGUUAUAUGAAUGAGACAGGAUAAUAAACUUAAAACCAUUCCCCUGAUUCAGAAGGAAAUGUCCAUAUGUUUUUCAUUAUGUUUUCUUUUCUGUUAAGUGCCCCUGCAGUUAACUGAAAUCACUUAGGCUUGAUAGAGGAUGUAAGUUUGAAGUAAUUUGGUAAGAAGGCCUUUAAAGAAAGCGUGCCAACAAAUCAAAGGGAAGAUGAACCUUCAAAAUGUAACUUGUUCAUCCUUCUUUUACAAUACGGAUAAUAUAGAAACAGAUGGGCAGAAUAAUGAUACCCAAACACCUUUGUCUGAAAUUCUCGCAGAUCAUCUGUUUCUUCUUGAACCUUUUGGUUAACUUAGCUAACAAGUCUUGGCUCAGCUAUUAAAAGUAUUUGUAGGGGCAGUGAGGUGACUCGAUGGAUAAGAGUGCCAGCCCUGGAUUUAAGAGAAGGACCUAAGU